AUAAAAACAAGUUUAAACUAACCUGCAUGUACGAAGAAGACGACUUAUUUACUUACAUUUGGAUAUUUACAGUACAAAGAGUAUACAUAAAUGUACAUAAAUAUUUAUAAUUGAAAAUGGACUUGCACGUGUUAAUUUUUAUUUCCACCAUCCUGACAAUAUCUGAAGGAUUUACAGUAAAGGGUUCCUCAGGUCCUCUGGAGGUUCCUCUGGGAGGUUCAGUGGUUCUGCCCUGUUCUGUUCAUUCACUCUUACCACUGAAAGAUUUGAAAGUGGAAUGGAGAAGAUCAGACUCACAGACGCUCAUUCAUCUUUAUCAAGAUGGAGAUAUCAGACCAGAUGCUCAACAUCAGGAUUAUCAUGAUAGAGCUCGUUUCUUCACUGAAGACAUUAAACAUGGAAACUUCUCACUCCUGUUGAAGAAUCUGACAGCUGAAGAUGAGGGACAAUACACAUGUAAAGUUUACUCUGGACAAGAAUCUAAUGAAACUGUGGUGGAAAUUAAACAUGUUGGUCCAGAAAGCUGUUUUCGUCCAUGA